CCCAUCGUGAAGACGACCAGAGGGAUACUCUGCAUUUUACCAAUGAAUAUCUCGGGGACUGUCAACAUCUUUAGACUCUUCCGGGAUCCAGCCCUGUGUCUUCCGCAACAUACAGUAUCGACAUUCAACCAUCUUCCUGUCCCACUAUCAAAGGCGUUCCCUACAAAAAAUGGGGAGAAAGAGGUCGACAUUAGGGCGGUGAUUCUAGACAAAGACAACUGUUUUGCUAUUCCUCAUACUAACGAGGUACACAAACCGUAUCAUGACAAAUUCCAAGAACUCCGUCGCGCCUACCCUGGCUCCAAGCUUCUGAUAGUAUCCAACACAGCUGGAACUAAUGACGACAAGGAUCAAGCGCAGGCAGCUGUGUUAGAGAAAAACACGGGCGUCAAGGUGCUCAAACACUCGACCAAGAAACCGGGUUGCAAAGAUGAAGUGCUGUCCUAUUUUGCUCGACAGCCCGAUUCCGGAGUAACGUCAGCCUCUCAGAUUGCUGUGGUUGGGGACCGACUCUUCACAGACGUUAUGAUGGCUAAUCUGAUGGGCGGUUAUGGCUUCUGGGUCAAGGAUGGCAUCAUUGAGAGGAAAAGUUUUUUCGCUCGAGUAGAGGAUCGCCUCUCUGGGUUCUUGCUUAAGAGAGGUUACAGUCCCCCUGACCCAAGUGGCAACGCUUUCGAAUGA